AUAAAAGCGGAAACUGAAAAGCAGAGUCCUCCUCAUGGAGAAGCAAAAGCUGGAUCAAGCACUCUUCCACCAGUGAAAUCAAAGACAAAUUUUAUCGAAGCAGACAAGUACUUCCUGCCCUUUGAAUUGGCAUGCCAGUCCAAGUGUCCCCGCAUAGUUAGUACAUCUCUAGAUUGUUUACAGAAACUUAUUGCUUAUGGGCACUUGACUGGCAAUGCUCCAGAUAGUACAACACCAGGCAAAAAAUUAAUUGAUAGAAUUAUUGAAACAAUUUGUGGCUGUUUCCAAGGUCCUCAAACAGAUGAAGGAGUUCAAUUACAAAUAAUAAAGGCUUUACUUACUGCAGUAACAUCUCAACACAUAGAAAUUCACGAAGGAACUGUACUGCAAGCUGUGAGAACAUGUUACAAUAUCUAUCUAGCAAGCAAAAAUCUCAUCAAUCAGACAACAGCCAAAGCUACUCUUACUCAGAUGCUAAAUGUUAUCUUUGCACGCAUGGAAAACCAAGCAUUGCAGGAAGCCAAACAAAUGGAAAAAGAAAGGCAUCGACAGCAUCAUCAUCUGUUGCAGUCUCCAGUAAGCCAUCAUGAGCCUGAAUCACCUCAACUUAGAUACUUGCCGCCUCAGACUGUUGAUCAUAUAUCCCAGGAGCAUGAAGGGGACCUUGAUCCCCAUUCACAUGAUGUGGAUAAAAGCCUUCAGGAUGAUACAGAACCUGAAAAUGGAUCUGAUAAUUCCAGUGCAGAAAAUGAACAGACUGAAGCUGAUCAGGCAGCUGCAGCCGAAACAUUAUCUAAAAAUGAUGUAUUAUAUGAUGGAGAAAACCAUGACUGUGAGGAAAAGCCACGAGACAUCGUGCAGAGCAUUGUAGAAGAAAUGGUGAACGUCAUCGUUGGAGAUAUGGGAGAAAGGACUACCAUAAAUGCAAGUGCAGAUGGCAACAUUGGAACCAUAGAGGAUGGUAGUGACAGUGAAAAUAUUCAAGCAAAUGGAAUUCCAGGAACACCAAUUUCUGUUGCAUAUACACCGUCCUUACCUGAUGACAGAUUGUCUGUCUCUUCCAAUGAUACUCAGGAAUCUGGAAAUUCUUCAGGACCUUCACCUGGUGCUAAGUUUUCCCACAUUUUACAAAAGGAUACCUUUCUAGUAUUCAGGUCAUUGUGUAAACUGUCAAUGAAACCACUGUCGGAUGGACCACCAGAUCCAAAGUCUCAUGAGUUACGAUCCAAGAUACUGUCAUUGCAGUUACUUCUAUCCAUUCUGCAGAAUGCAGGACCUAUUUUCAGGACAAAUGAGAUGUUUAUUAAUGCUAUUAAGCAGUAUCUGUGUGUUGCACUCUCAAAAAAUGGAGUUUCUUCUGUUCCAGAGGUUUUUGAGCUUUCCCUUUCCAUAUUUCUUACUUUGUUGUCAAACUUCAAGACGCAUCUGAAGAUGCAGAUUGAGGUGUUCUUUAAAGAAAUUUUCCUAUACAUUUUGGAGACUUCUACCAGCUCAUUUGACCACAAAUGGAUGGUUAUUCAGACGUUGACAAGGAUUUGUGCAGAUGCUCAGAGUGUAGUGGAUAUUUAUGUAAACUAUGAUUGUGACUUAAAUGCAGCAAACAUAUUUGAAAGACUAGUAAAUGAUCUAUCAAAAAUUGCUCAAGGACGAGGCAGUCAAGAACUCGGUAUUAAUAAUGUUCAGGAACUGAGCCUGAGGAAAAAAGGUUUAGAAUGCUUAGUGUCAAUUUUGAAGUGUAUGGUUGAAUGGAGUAAGGAUCAGUAUGUGAAUCCCAACUCUCAGACAACUCUUGGUCAGGAAAAACCCUCAGAGCAAGAGACGAGUGAAGUAAAACACCCUGAGACAAUAAACAGAUACGGAAGUUUAAAUUCCCUGGAGUCAACAUCAUCAUCAGGAAUAGGCAGCUACAGCACACAGAUGUCUGGCACUGAUAAUCCAGAACAAUUUGAAGUCCUAAAGCAGCAAAAAGAAAUAAUAGAACAAGGGAUAGAUUUAUUUACUAAGAAACCAAAGAGAGGAAUACAGUACCUCCAAGAACAAGGGAUGCUUGGCACUACACCUGAAGAUAUUGCCCAAUUCUUACAUCAGGAGGAAAGGUUAGACUCUACUCAAGUGGGUGAAUUCCUGGGAGAUAAUGAUAAAUUUAACAAAGAAGCCAUGUAUGCAUAUGUGGACCAACAUGACUUUUCAGGAAAGGAUUUUGUUUCAGCCCUUCGUAUGUUUCUGGAAGGAUUCCGUCUUCCAGGGGAAGCUCAGAAAAUUGAUCGAUUGAUGGAAAAGUUUGCUGCAAGAUACCUAGAAUGCAACCAAGGACAAACCCUUUUUGCUAGUGCAGAUACUGCGUAUGUUCUGGCUUAUUCAAUUAUCAUGCUCACCACAGAUCUUCACAGCCCACAGGUUAAAAAUAAAAUGACAAAGGAACAGUACAUUAAGAUGAAUAGAGGUAUCAAUGACAGUAAAGAUCUUCCUGAAGAGUAUCUAUCAGCCAUCUAUAAUGAAAUAGCUGGAAAAAAGAUAUCAAUGAAAGAAACAAAAGAACUAACAAUCCCUACAAAAUCAAGUAAACAAAAUGUAGCCAGCGAAAAACAAAGAAGACUUCUGUAUAACUUAGAAAUGGAACAGAUGGCCAAGACAGCUAAAGCACUCAUGGAGGCCGUGAGCCACGUUCAAGCACCUUUCACAAGUGCAACACAUUUGGAGCACGUGAGAACUAUGUUUAAGUUGGCUUGGACCCCUUUUCUGGCUGCAUUCAGUGUGGGUCUACAAGACUGUGAUGAUACUGAAGUAGCCUCUCUUUGCCUGGAAGGUAUAAGAUGUGCAAUCAGAAUUGCAUGCAUUUUCAGCAUUCAGCUGGAAAGAGAUGCAUAUGUCCAGGCGCUAGCAAGAUUUACCUUACUUACAGUGAGUUCUGGGAUUACCGAAAUGAAACAGAAGAACAUUGACACAAUUAAAACACUUAUCACAGUGGCUCAUACAGAUGGAAAUUAUCUAGGAAAUUCAUGGCAUGAGAUUCUGAAGUGCAUCAGUCAGUUGGAGCUUGCACAACUUAUAGGAACUGGAGUGAAACCUCGGUACAUUUCUGGAACAGUGCGAGGCAGAGAAGGAUCUCUUACUGGAACAAAAGAUCAGGCUCCUGAUGAAUUUGUGGGUCUAGGGCUAGCUGGAGGAAAUGUGGACUGGAAACAGAUAGCAAGUAUUCAGGAAUCCAUUGGAGAGACCAGUUCUCAGAGUGUCGUCGUCGCUGUAGAUAGAAUAUUUACAGGGUCCACAAGGCUAGAUGGAAAUGCUAUUGUGGAUUUUGUCCGUUGGCUCUGUGCUGUGUCUAUGGAUGAAUUACUUUCCACUACACAUCCAAGAAUGUUUAGUCUACAAAAAAUAGUAGAAAUAUCAUAUUACAACAUGGGAAGAAUAAGAUUGCAGUGGUCUCGAAUUUGGGAAGUUAUUGGAGAUCAUUUUAAUAAGGUCGGCUGUAAUCCUAAUGAAGAUGUAGCUAUUUUUGCAGUAGACUCCUUGAGGCAAUUGUCAAUGAAGUUCUUAGAGAAAGGGGAGCUUGCUAAUUUCAGAUUCCAGAAGGAUUUCUUAAGACCUUUUGAACAUAUAAUGAAACGGAACAGGUCUCCAACAAUUCGAGAUAUGGUUGUACGGUGUAUAGCACAAAUGGUUAAUUCUCAAGCUGCUAACAUUCGGUCUGGAUGGAAGAACAUUUUCUCUGUAUUUCAUCUAGCAGCAUCCGAUCAAGAUGAAAGCUUAGUUGAACUUGCAUUCCAAACAACGGGGCAUAUUGUCACCCUUGUGUUUGAAAAACACUUUCCAGCAACCAUUGAUUCUUUCCAGGAUGCGGUGAAAUGUUUGUCUGAAUUUGCAUGCAAUGCAGCUUUCCCAGACACAAGUAUGGAAGCAAUUCGACUUAUUCACCAUUGUGCAAAAUAUGUGUCUGAUAGACCUCAGGCUUUCAAGGAAUACACAAGUGACGACAUGAAUGUGGCACCUGAAGACAGGGUGUGGGUGAGGGGAUGGUUCCCAGUUCUCUUCGAGUUGUCCUGUGUCAUCAACAGAUGCAAGUUAGAUGUAAGAACCAGGGGUUUAACAGUAAUGUUUGAAAUAAUGAAAACUUAUGGCCACACUUAUGAAAAACACUGGUGGCAGGAUUUAUUUAGAAUUGUUUUCAGAAUCUUUGACAACAUGAAAUUGCCAGAACAGCAGACAGAGAAAGCUGAGUGGAUGACGAUGACAUGUAAUCAUGCACUUUAUGCGAUCUGCGAUGUGUUCACCCAGUAUUUAGAAGUACUCAGUGAUGUACUUCUGGAUGACAUUUUUGCCCAGCUCUACUGGUGUGUGCAGCAAGACAAUGAGCAGUUAGCACGAUCUGGUACAAACUGCUUAGAGAAUGUUGUUAUUCUGAAUGGUGAAAAAUUUACCCUAGAAAUCUGGGACAAAACUUGUAACUGCACACUGGACAUCUUCAAAACCACAAUUCCACAUGCGCUCUUGACCUGGCGUCCUGCUUCUGGAGAAGCGGCUCCCACACCUCCGUCUCCUGGUGAAAAACAGCUGGAUACAAUAUCACAGAAAUCUGUAGAUAUUCAUGAUUCUAUUCAGCCAAGAUCUGCAGAUAAUAGACAGCAAGCUCCAUUGGCUUCUGUCUCUACUGUGAAUGAAGAAGUCAGCAAAAUUAAACCCACAGCAAAAUUUCCAGAACAAAAAUUAUUUGCCGCCCUGUUGAUUAAAUGUGUUGUGCAGCUGGAACUCAUCCAGACCAUCGACAGCACUGUGUUCUUCCCCGCCACAAGUAAGAAGGAGGACGCGGAAAACUUAGCCGCAGCGCAGAGAGAUGCCGUGGACUUUGACGUUCGAGUUGAUACUCAGGACCAAGGAAUGUAUCGCUUUCUAACAUCGCAACAACUCUUCAAGCUGCUGGACUGCUUGUUGGAGUCACACAGAUUUGCAAAAGCAUUUAACUCCAACAAUGACCAGAGGACGGCUCUGUGGAAGGCGGGCUUCAAGGGCAAAUCCAAACCCAACCUCCUGAAGCAGGAGACGAGCAGCCUGGCCUGCGGGCUGCGCAUUCUCUUCCAGAUGUACACGGACGAGAGUCGGGCCAGCGCCUGGGAGGAGGUCCAGCAGAGGCUUUUAAAUGUCUGCAGCGAAGCCCUGAGUUACUUCCUUACCCUAACAUCGGAAAGUCAUCGGGAAGCCUGGACUAGCUUACUGCUUUUGUUUCUAACUAAAGUCCUGAAGAUCAGCGACCAUAGGUUUAAAGCUCACGCAUCAUUCUACUACCCUCUCUUAUGUGAAAUUAUGCAAUUUGACUUGAUUCCUGAACUUCGUGCUGUUCUUAGAUUUUUUCUGCGAAUUGGAGUAGUUUUUCAGAUAUCACAACCACCUGAACAGGAACUCGGAAUAAACAAGCAAUGAUGGGAAGUUAAUAGUCUUCUGUUGGCGUUUACAUCCCUCCGUUCUUCAAAAGGACCCCGGAGCUGAGGUUUCCUACCUGAAAAAUGGUUUCUCUGAAUUGCAGUGUCUAAGGGUUACUGGUAAAGAAGCUUAGAACUUCAGCUCGAACCUGCAGUGCUCCAGUCCCUUUUGUAACCUGAUGGAUUGUUUGUUGUGUUGGGUUCACGAGCUUUUUUUCCCACAGUGUCAGCUUAUAUGCUCACAUGUCCUUCCCUGUCCUCGGUGGCAGGGAGAGCCCCACAUAUUUCUGGCAGGU